GGCGGCUGCCAGCGCUGCGGAGCUCAGCGGUCAGGCCUCGGGUGGCGUCUCUUCUGAGCCGGCGGUGCACCGGCUGCAAGGGCGCGCUGGUGGCCCCGGCGGCGGUGCCCGGCCGCCACGGCCGCCGCCUGCUGCAUCAGCAUCGGGGUUUCCAGCGCGGGAGGAGUGCAGCCGCUGCCUGAAGCGCCACUCUGCUGCAUCAUGCCCGUUUCGCGGGAAGUUCUGCUUUGCCUGCGGAAGGCGGGGCCACAUCAGAGCUGCUUGCGGGAGAUGGAGCCAGCAGCAUCUGCGCCAGUUGUCAGCCGAUGGGGAGACGUCAGCUGCGGCGGCACCGACGGAGGAGGACUCGAGUGACGUACUACCACGGCCGCACCGGGAGGUGCCGGCCCCCGAGAGUAGUGAGAUGUGCGAUGAGGCAUAUGCCUUGUUCAGUGUGCGGCCAGGUGUGUGCGAGCGGCGGCCGCCGCUGAUGGUGAGAGUGGGCCUGGACGGCCGCGCGGUGGAUAUGGAGCUGGACACGGGAGCCGCGCUCUCCGUGUGCUCCGACGCGGUGUUUCGACACCUGUGGCCCGACGGAGGACCAGCCCUGGAGCCGUGCGGUGUGUCGCUUAAGACUUACAGCGGUGAGUUGCUGUCCGUGCGGGGGCAGGCGAUGGUGAACGUGGAGUACGGCGGGAAUACGACACGCCUGCCACUGAUCGUGGUGAAGGGGAGCGGGCCAUGCCUGUUUGGCCGUAACUGGCUCAGUCACAUCCGGCUUGACUGGCCCUCAGUGUGUCGCGUGGCGCCGCCGUGUUCGGUGCAGCCCAUACUGGAGGAGUUCCCGGAGGUGUUCCGGGACGAGCUGGGGUGCUACCGGGGCGGUGAGGUCACCAUCGAUGUCGACCCGGACGUGCAGCCGCGCUUCUUUAAGCCGCGCACGGUCCCGCUGGCUUACCGGGAAGCUGUCGACAAGGAGCUGGAGAAGCAGGUUCAACUUGGACUGUGGGAGCCGGUACGUCACACCGCCCCGCGCCUGUGAUGCCGCCGUGUGUUCCGGUGCCCGUGCCGCCCGUCCCGGUGCCGGCUGUGGCCCCGGUGCCUGCUGUUCCGGCGGCAGCCGAGCCGUCAUCUCCGCGGCGCCGGUCCCCUCCGGCCCCGGAGCCCGUGGAGCGGCCGGCGGCCGAUUCUGCUGGCGCGGCGGCUCCCGUCCCCGACCCGCCGGACUCUCCUAGAUAUAACCUCCGGAGCCGUGCGAGCCUGCGACCACCUGAUCGAUACUGACAUGUUAAUGUGCGCGAUACAAUUAAGUUCCUACAUUUGUACCGCGCGGAUGUUCGUGAGCAAGGGGAUCGUUUUGUUUGUGUUUGUUGCGGUGACUGUCCUGCUAUCAAGGAUGGCGUUUGUAACCGGGGUGGAGGAAUGUAGUAAAGUGACCGUAUGUGCUGCUGGGGUGCACCAUGCUGGUGCACCCGCACCGGCCGGGCGACCGCCCAGGUGCACCGGGCCGGUGCCAUAUCGCCGCAGGCCACCCCUGGCCUUGCCUGUGUCGUGUCUGCGGCCGCCAAUACAGUCAGUCUAGAACGGGAAC